AAACAAUUAACCUUGAUGAAAACAUACGGUCAUUCAUACAAUCAUAAACAAGGCCACUUUUUUCAUUAGUCAAGUAGUUCUAGUACAGACAGCCGCGAACGUGGUUUACCACAAUGGCGCUCUUCGUGAGAACUGCUAAGUGCGAGAAUCAAAAGCUACGGAAUUCACUGACGUUCAUGAUCCAGCAACGAAUGAAUUGUUAUGUCGCACACCAAAAUCCACAAAAGAAGAAAUGGAAGUGGCUGUGAAAAGUGCAAAAAAAGCAUAUGAAAAAUGGAAAAAUACUAGUGUAUUAACUAGACAAACGCUAAUGCUUAGAUAUCAAGCUCUUAUACGCGAACAUUCGAGGUAGUGGACGCGUGUACCGCAAUUCCUUCGUUGCAAAUGGGCGAGAGUAUACCAAAUAUCGCCACAGAUAUGGACAUAAUUUCCUACAAAGUUCCCCUUGGUGUAACUGCCUCCAUCUGUCCGUUCAAUUUCCCCGCGAUGAUACCUCUUUGGUCGUUCCCUAUCUCAGUCGUCUGUGGAAAUGCCACGAUCCUCAAACCAUCGGAGCGUGUGCCAGGAGCUUCGAUGAUCCUAGCUGAUUUGUUCAGUAAAGCCGGUGCUCCACCAGGAUUGUUGAAUAUUAUCCACGGCCAACACGCCGCUGUCGAUUUCAUCUGUGAGCAUCCUGAUAUCAAGGCAGUUUCUUUUGUUGGUUCCGAUCAAGCGGGAAAAUAUAUUUAUAAACAAAGCAGCGCGCAUGGGAAACGUGUGCAGUGUAACAUGGGAGCGAAGAAUCACUGUGUGGUUUUGCCAGAUGCAAACAAAAACAAAACUAUUUCCCAAAUUGUGGGUGCUGCUUUCGGUGCUGCUGGCCAAAGAUGCAUGGCGCUUUCUGUAGCCAUAUUCGUAGGCAAGUCAAAGGAUUGGAUGCCGGAAUUAGUGGAAGCUGCGAAGAAAUUGAAAGUGAAUGCUGGACAUAUACCUGGUACCGAUCUUGGACCAGUAAUAUCGCCGCAAUCUAAGAAGAGAAUAUGCGAUCUGAUUGAGACAGGAGUAAAAGAUGGUGCCACUUUGGCUCUUGAUGGAAGAAGAUUCGUAGUCCGUGGUUUUGAAAAGGGAAAUUUCGUUGGACCAACCGUAUUAACAAACGUGAAGCCUUCGAUGCAAUGUUACACCGAGGAAAUCUUUGGACCCGUUCUGUCCUGUAUAUUUGCUGAUACUUUAGACGAGGCUAUCAACAUUAUUAACAAAAAUCCUUAUGGAAAUGGAACUGCUGUGUUUACGUCAAACGGUGCAACAGCAAGAGCAUUUAUAAAUAGAAUAGAAGCUGGCCAAGUUGGUGUAAAUGUUCCUAUUCCAGUCCCAUUACCCAUGUUCAGCUUUACUGGUAAUAAAGGAUCCUUUUUGGGCGAUAAUCAUUUUUACGGAAAGCAUGGUGUAAAUUUCCAUACGCAAGUAAAGACAAUAACGCAGCUGUGGAGAUCUGGGGAUGCUGGUGAUAUCGCUUCUUCCACGGCUAUGCCAACCAUGCAAUAAAAUAAACGUUCCUUGACUACAAUAAUGCAAAGCAUUAUGUGUGGAGAGUGUCUCUAUAUUUCUUAAAAAUUUUGCAGAGACGAAUGAAUAGGGCGAAAGUUACUUCCUUUUUUGUAAAGAAAUAGAAGUAACUUCUCAACACUAUAUUAUAAAAAAAAAUAAUGUCUUCCAUUAGUCAAAAAUAAGUUUGAACAAAGUAAAAAAAAAAAAAUGUUUCCUAUUAUGUUUACGAUAUUUAUAUUUUGUAACAAAAUAAUAAAAUAUUAGUGAAAUUUCGUUUGCUUUAUUUUUUGUAACAUAUACAUUUAUUUAUUUUUUUUUAAUAAUGUUUCAAAAAACUGAACCUAAAGCGAAAUUUCAAAGCGGUUUUUGUACUAGAAACUUCUUCAAAUUAUCUAGUUUAUUCAUAAACGAGUAACUCUACUUUAUAUUUUCAGCAAUAAAAGCAAUUGCU